GGAAGUUCAGAAUCCGAGACAGCAGCUGUAGAAACAAGCAGAAACAUGUGACUCAUUUCCAAACAACCCAUCAAAGAUCAGGUGUAUCCAAGGAAGAGUAAGAUGAUGUUGAUUUUCAGAUCCCCUCUUUUCCAUUUGCUCAUCUACUGUGCAACCCAGACUUCAGGUGUCAAGAUCGAGUCUGUCCCAAACGUCAACAGUGAGGGAUUGGUACAGACAGAGCUGGAGAAGACUGUGUCUCUGAUCUGCAGUUCAGAGGCUGACGAGGACCUGGUCUGGCUGAGGAAUGGUGCUGUGGUCAAUUUGAUGGAAGGAAAUAGGAAGGGUCGCAGUAGCGUGUGUAUCACACCUGUCAUCUAUGAAGACAACGAUGCAACUUUCACCUGCCACAUCAGCGGAAAUACCACAGAUAGGGACUCAGUCACUCUGCAUGUCACAUAUCCUCCAACACUCUUGGGCUCAGAGGAGGUUGCAGUAGAGGACGGGGCCAUGCUUGUCCUGCGGUGUGAUAUCUGGGCCAAUCCACCAGUCUCAUCUGUGUCAUGGACACUAAAUGGAAGCGCAGUGGAUCUAUUUGAGAGUGGCUUUGCCGUGACCAAUGACGGCUUCACAACCCAGCUAACUGCCAAAAGUGCAGAUGCAAGCUUGCAUGAAGGCGCGUAUCGGUGCACAGCAAACUCUCCAGUCUAUGGAGAGCACAGCAAGGACUUCCAAGUCACAGUAACAGAAAAGACCAUGAAGUUCCCGCUGAUGCCCAUGAUAGCAGGGAUAGUGGUGGUGUGUCUGACUGCACUUCUCGCCGUUGCGGCACGAUGGGACAGAAUUACAAAGUGCUGCAAGUGAGUCCUGCAGAAAAUGACAAUCUCUACUUCAUUGAAUGUGACAAAUCAUGAAGAUACCUCCACUCUCUUUUGUGUGUAGCAGACUGUGAUUAUUACUUAACAUAGUCUUUAAUUUUACAUCCAAGUUAUUUGACAUUUUGUUAAAGGGAUGGUUUGACAUUUUGCAAAAUAUAUUUAAUCAUUGUCUUGCUGAGAGCUAGACUAUAAGAUCAGUACCACUCA